UUCAGAAAUGAUGAACACUCAGUUACCAUGGUUACAGCAGCAUCUGUAUACUCAGAGUCCCAAAUCACCUGGCAACCAACAACAACAAGCCUCGAUUCCUGCAUCGCUAGCUCCAUCUAUUCACAUAGAGAUGAAACAAUGUGAGCUUUGCUUGAAACAGUUCAGGUCAAACCAGGCCCUAAAGAGGCAUAUGUUCAUCCACACUGGCGAGAAGCCGUAUGUUUGUCCAAUAUGUUCUGCAACAUUUUCAAAUGAUGGCUCAUUGAGUAGACACAAGAAGAAACACCGGAACGAUGCGAUAGGAAGGUACCUCACAUACAUGUAAUCUGCCUGCACUCAGAAGAGAGGGGAGCAGGGGUGGUUAGAGCCCGGGGUUAGAGCGAACAACCUAUGCCAUAAAUUCUUUUGAAAUGCACUUUUUCAUUUUUGUUUUGAGCACUUUUUAAGUGGUUUACAACUGCACUGUAAUUAAAUG